AUGCAAUCACCAACAACACCUAAAAUUGUAUCAGUUGAUGAUCAAGUGGUCACUAAUGAUGUUUCAGUUGAUGAUCCAAUGGUCAACAGUGAUGAUACAAAUGAUGUGAAAACUACAGAUGAAAAGUGGGAACAAAUUAUUCAGUUUAUCCACAAGGAAGAUUCUCCAAAGAGUGUCAAGAGAGAACGCAUCAGCUCUACCAGCAGUUUUACUGCUUCAAAUGAUGACCAUGACUCCAAUGAAGGUGAUCUCAUGUCUGAUGACUCUAGUGAAUCUGGUGCUGAUGAAGACUACUUCUCUGAUGCAGACUCUGCUCAUAGUCAGAGUUCUUUUGGAAAGGAGACACAAGCAGGCUCAGCUAAGAAAAAAGAGAAGCAAUAUUUUUGGCAGUACAAUGUCCAAGCAAAAGGCCCAAAAGGUCAGAAGAUGCAACUACUGCCCCAUGAUCAGGACCCUCAUAUUCUCAAUACAUUUGAGGACCCUGUGUUUGAACUUGGGGCUACAUCCAAGCUGGGUUUGCGGCACAGUGGUAAGGCUCGACGUGGAGAUGGCAAUGACAUUUCCCCUAACCCAAGAAAACUUCAUAUGAUUGGACUACAACUGAAGAAGUUGAACCAUGACAUCAAUGAGUUUGUACCAACAAGUGAAUUGCCAGCCAAUUUAAGAAAUAGGACAAGAAAAGAGAAGAACAAACUAGCUUCAAGAGCUUGUCGUUUGAAGAAAAAAGCCCAGCAUGAAGCUAACAAAGUAAAAUUGUAUGGACUAGAACAAGAACACCGUCAGUUGAUGAAUGUUAUAGAAAGUGUGAAACUGAGGAUGUUGGCUGCUGUUCGAUCUGAUAAUAGUAUAAAGUCUGAGGAUGGCCAAAUUUGCCAUGGUACAGGAGAUGAACAGACCAAAUAUGUGGAAAAACUCAUCAAGUUGCAUCAGUCCUCUAUGAUUGCUGGUCGAACUGCUGAAUAUGUGAAUGAGGUUCUUAGCAAAGUAAAAGAUGGUGACCUCUCUGGUGGACUACCCCUCCCAAAGAGGAAAUCAAGCUCUGCAACAACUGUUCCAAGCUCUGAUGAUGAAUUCAGUAAUGAUUGA